CGGCGUGUCUGUUGUAGAUCUGUGAAAACGCAUGCGUUGCUCGAGUUUUGUUGCAUGUGACCUCCUCUCUAACAGUCAUCAUAGAACUGCGCGGCAAAAGAAAGGCACAAACAAAAACAUGUGGGUGCAGCUGUAAGUGAGUGUCUAUAUGACAUCUCUCCAGCCAGUUGAAUGACUGCGAGCUGUGUCCUCUGAACGGAUAACAUGGGGCUACACUCGGCUCAAAAGAAACACUUCCCGCUGCGUGGGGUCGAAGGGGUGGUCCAGUUGUUCGAUGCUGAGCUUAAGAAGUCCGAACCAGACAUGGCGCUACUGUCCCUGGUACUGGGUUUUGUUGAACACUUCCUGGCUGUGAACAGGGUCAUACCAAUAAAUGUUCCUGGUGUCCGGUUCGAACCAUUGGAGCCGGACUGUCCAAACUCCUGCUUCCCCACGGUGGAGCUGGGCAUGGUCUCAGCCUUGCAUGAACGCUUCACAGCCCAAAUCCGGGGGGCAGUGGACCUGUCCCAGUACCGGAGGCCUCCUGGCGGCUCCAGUAGAGAACUGGUUAAGAAGGUGUCAGACGUGAUCUGGAACAGUCUCAGUCGCUCCUACUUCAAGGACCGUGCCCACAUUCAGUCCCUCUUCAGCCUCAUUACUGGCACAAAGUUGGACAGCUCAGGUGUGGCGUUUGCAGUGGUGGCAGCCUGCCAGGUGCUGGGACUGAAGGAUGUCCACCUGGCGCUGUCCGAGGACCACGCCUGGGUGAUCUUUGGGAAGAACGGAGAGGAGACGGCAGAAGUGACCUGGCACGGGAAGGGCAACGAGGACCGGCGAGGACAGACUGUCAGCGGAGGAGUCAGUGAGAGGAGCUGGCUGUACCUCAAGGGCUCCUACAUGAAGUGCAACAGGAACAUGGAAGUGGCCUUCAUGGUGUGUGCCAUCAACCCUUCUCUGGACCUGCACACAGACAGCUCUGAGCUGUUGCAACUUCAACAAAGGCUCCUUUGGCUGCUGUAUGAUCGAGGAGACCUGGAGAGGUAUCCCAUGGCCAUGGGCACCCUGGCGGACUUGGAAGACCAGGAGCCUUUACCUGGCAAAGAGAGCCCCUUCGCCAUCCACCUCAAAGCUGUGAACUCCGCGAAGAAGUACUACAACAACGAGCAUAUUUACCCGUUCAUGUACCUGGCAGGCUACCACUAUCGUCACCGGGAGGUUCGGGAGGCACUGGGCUCCUGGGCCGAGGCUGCCUCCGUCAUGCAGGACUACAACUAUUUCAGGGAGGAUGAGGAGAUCUACAAGGAGUUUUUUGACAUCGCCAAUGACGUCAUCCCCACCUUGCUGAAGGAAACGGCCGCUGCUGCUGAAAAUGGAGGGGAGGGGGGCGAGGAAUCGGAGAAGGACCAGCCCAAGCAGGCUGAUGCCCUCUCCGCCCUCCAAGACCCAGAAUGCUUUGCUCACCUGCUGCGUUUCUACGAUGGCAUCUGCAAGUGGGAGGAGGGGAGCCCUACCCCUGUCCUGCAUGUAGGCUGGGCCACCUACCUGGUCCAGUCCCUUAGCCGCUUCGAUGCUCAGAUACGUCAGAAGGUGACCAUCAUCACCAAAGAGCCUGAGCCCCAGGACGAUGACGACCAGUCCAGCGAUGACCCGCGAGAGGGCCGGAGACGAGGCCCACGGCGGGAGUCCAAACUGGAGGAACAGAGCCUCCCACCCCCCCAGACCUCCAGCCCACCCAUCCAACCCCCCGGCCAGCCUAAGAAGGUGGGAGGCGAGGGCGGAGGGCGCCGCCGCUCCUCCCAGGGUCUCCGAGGCGGGGAGUCCGAAGCCAAGGCCAAGUCUCCCAGCCCGGCGCCCCCCUCACCACCCCAGGCGCCCCAAGCAGGAGGCCCCGUGGUGGCCUUCCAGAGCGAGAAGAUGAAGGGGAUGAAGGAGCUGCUCUCUGCGGCCAAGGUGAACUCGAGCGCCAUCAAGCUACAGCUGACUGCCCAGUCACAGGUGCAGAUGAAGAGACAGAAGAGUACGCCGUCGGGAGACUAUACCAUGUCCUUCAUGAAGCGCCAGCGCAAAUCACUUUAGACUGGGGGGACAGGGGACAAGACAGAGACUAGUAGGAGUUUGGUUGUACUGUGAGAGACGACACAGGUGAAUACACUUUGCUCGUAUUCAGAAAUAUCUUUUUGUCAUCGUUCAUCCAGAGGUUUUUCUACUUGCAAUCAUAUCAUAUAAGUCUGAUAAGCUCACAGCGUUGAUAAGAAUAAAAUACUUGUUUAUUAAAGUUCUGUUAGUGUAAUAUCAUGUAUUGAGCCUAAAGUCAGGUGACUGACGGUUUUAUUUAAUAGUUUCAUUAAAUAAUGAUUGUAUGUGUAACAACUUUGUGAUUUAGCACUAGUGUAUGGUUUAUCACAGGCAGUGAAACACUGUUCAAUGCUUACACUUUUUGUUGAUCUAAAGGGCAAUACACACAAUUUUAGCUCCCAUAUAUAAAAGUUUCAUAAGCCAAAGUAUGGGUGAAUUCAUUUCAAAACCGGCAUCCAAAUCACAUUGUACCACUCGUGCAACCCGUAAAUUAUUUAAUUUUUUAUUUUCUAUCUUAUUUUUCAUUUGUUUCAUUGACUGAAGCUUUUGAAAGGGAAUGAGUCAGCUUUUCGGUGGCUCACCUCCUGCUAUUUGUUGCCUUACAUCGCCUUCUGUUUUCAUCAUUUAGGUGGCCUUUAGUUUUGAGAAUAUCCGGGGCUAUAGGCGACUUUGAAGUAUUUCUACUGACUAGAGAAGUGACCAGGAAGACCAUGCACUGUAAAAUGGGGUUUCUGUAGUGCCCCUGUAAUAUAGUAUUGCUUCAUGACUUGUGCUUUUUAUCUGCUGAAAAUAAACAAGUUAAAAUGUUA